AUGGGAUACUCGCUGAGAUAUCUAAUUUCUUAUUUAAUUACCCUCUCCAUUAUUGUAGUGUUUCUGCUUAUCAUUACAGGAAGAAUUGAUCUUCUUUUACUAUUGAAGACUACUAAUCCUUACUCUUGGGCGGUACUUGGAAUAGCAUUAUGUAUAGGACUAAGUAUUGUGGGAGCAGGAUGGGGUAUUUUCAUUACAGGAUCAAGUAUUUUGGGUGGAGCUGUCAAAGCCCCGAGAAUUAGAACCAAGAAUCUUAUAAGGUUAGUUGCUAUUUAUGGAGUCAUCAUGGCUAUUGUAUUUUCUGCAAAAUUACAAAGUGUAUCAGGAGAAACUUUGUAUACACCAUCAAAUUAUUUUACGGGUUAUUCACUUUUCUGGGGAGGAGCAACAGUAGGAUUUUGUAAUCUGUUUUGUGGGAUAGCUGUGGGGAUUUCUGGAAGUACAGCUGCUUUGGCUGAUGCACAAGAUCAAACAUUAUUUGUUAAAAUUUUGGUAAUUGAAAUUUUUGGAAGUGUACUUGGAUUAUUUGGUUUGAUUAUUGGAUUACUUGUGAUUGGUCAAAAAUUCUGGGAAGCUAUCUCUGCUGAACACGGUCUUGACCCCUCAGGUGCUUAUCAUGGAGACAGUGAUUUACAGUUAGAACGAAUCGACGUAUAUUAUAAUGAAGCUAUGGGUGGAAAAUAUGUGCCAAGGGCUAUACUAAUAGAUCUUGAGCCCGUAACUAUGGAUUCUAUCCGAUCUAGUCCGUAUGGUGCCCUUUUCAGACCAGAUAACUUUGUAUUCGGUCAGUCCGGUGCUGGUAACAAUUGGGCCAAAGGUUAUUAUACCGAAGGUGCUGAAUUAGUUGAUACUAUCUUGGAUGUUCUUCAUAAAGAAGCAGAGUCCACUGAUUGUCUUCAAGGAUUUCAAGUAACUCAUUCCCUUGGUGGUGGUACCGGUUCUGGUCUCGGAUCCUUAUUAUUAUCUAAGAUCCGUGAAGAAUAUCCGGAUCGUAUGCUGUGUACAUUUUCAGUAGUUCCUUCACCAAAAGUGUCUGAUACAGUGGUUGAACCAUAUAAUGCCGUACUCUCAGUUCAUCAAUUAGUAGAAAACAGUGAUGAAACUUUCUGUAUUGAUAAUGAAGCCUUAUACGAUAUUUGUUUCCGUACAUUAAAAUUAACCAACCCAAGUUAUGGUGAUCUUAAUCAUCUCGUAUCAGCUGUUAUUAGUGGUGUCACGACUUGUUUAAGAUUCCCUGGUCAAUUAAAUAGUGACCUUAGAAAACUUGCAGUUAAUAUGGUUCCUUUCCCACGUUUGCAUUUCUUCAUGGUUGGAUUUGCACCAUUGACAUCACGUAGUUCUCAAGGUUUCCGUGCUCUCACAGUACCAGAAUUGACAGCACAAAUGUUUGACUCUCGUAAUAUGAUGGCAGCAUCUGAUCCACGUCAUGGACGUUAUUUGACAGUUGCCACAAUUUUCCGUGGUAGACUUUCAACCAAAGAAGUUGAACAACAAAUGCAUAUGAUUCAAACUAAAAUGAGUGCAUACUUUGUUGAAUGGAUUCCAUCAAGUGUAAAGACAGCUGUGUGUGAUAUUCCUCCAAUUGGGCUUACAAUGUCUGGUACCUUUGUUGGUAAUAGUACAGCAAUUCAAGAACUUUUCAAACGUAUAAACACACAAUUCACCGCUAUGUUUAGACGAAAGGCUUUCUUACAUUGGUAUACUGGUGAAGGUAUGGAUGAAAUGGAAUUCACUGAAGCCGAAUCCAAUAUGAAUGAUUUAGUUUCUGAAUAUCAACAAUAUCAAGAAGCAGCCACUGAAGAGGAUGUUGAAUAUGAUGAAGGUGUUGAGGGUGAGGAAGAAUAUGUUGCCGAGGAAGAAGCCGAAUAA